GUGGGCCUGGGCCUCCUGUCGUACCUGAUGGUGGGAGGUAGUAGUUCCCCGCUUCCCUUCCGCGGGCGGGAGAGUUAGGUAAGCCCCGCUGGACUUCCCAGGCGCUCUCGCCUCCCGGGGUGCAAGCCACCCCCGCGAAUUGCCGAAGCAGCCCUGAGCCUCGGCGCCCCGGCCCGCCCGCUCUCGCCGUCAGCUCGAGCGCCACUCUUCCGGCGUGCCCUGAUGGACAGACCCCCUUUCGGAUCCGAGUUUUUGCCUCUGUCCCCCAGUUUUUCUUUGUCUCCAACUCCCGAGCUCUUUGAUCCUGCUUCUCAGCUGGUUCCUCGCUGCCCACGCUCGCGCCGGCCUAGGGUCGGGCAGAAUUCCCAGCGACCAGGGUUGGGGUGGAGCUGCCGGUGGAGGUGCGGCGAUGCCCGUGAAGGCUCCUCUGGGGGCCGCUCUGAAGAGCCUUCUCUCCGCUGCGCUAGCCACCCGAGAAAACACCAUGAAAGACACCGAUAUCAAAAGACUACUGUAUACCCAUCUUUUAUGCAUAUUUUCGAUUAUCCUAAGUGUCUUCAUUCCAUCACUCUUCUUGGAGAACUUCUCAAUAUUGGAAACACACUUGACAUGGUUGUGCAUCUGUUCUGGUUUUGUAACUGCUGUCAAUCUAGUACUAUAUUUAGCGGUGAAACCAAAUACAUCCUCUAAAAGAAGUUCAUUAUCACACAAGGUAACCAGAUUUUUGAAAUGCUGUAUCUACUUUCUUAUGUCUUGUUUCUCCUUUCAUGUAAUUUUUGUUCUAUAUGGAGCACCACUAAUAGAGUUGGCAUUGGAAACAUUUUUAUUUGCAGUUAUUUUGUCUACUUUUACUACUGUGCCUUGCUUGUGUUUGUUAGGACCAAACCUCAAAGCAUGGCUAAGGGUUUUCAGUAGAAACGGAGUUUCAUCCAUAUGGGAGAAUAGUCUCCAGAUGACUACAAUUUCUAGUUUUGUAGGAGCAUGGCUUGGAGCACUUCCUAUUCCGCUGGAUUGGGAAAGACCAUGGCAGGUAUGGCCCAUCUCCUGUACGCUUGGAGCGACCUUUGGCUACGUGGCUGGCCUUGUUAUUUCACCACUCUGGAUAUACUGGAAUAGAAAGCAACUUACGUACAAGAACAAUUAACUGGAGCAAAGGGAGAUACUUCUUUGUGCAGAUUCUGUAAGGGCUGUGCAGAAAUGUGUAUGGUCAAAGCCAAGCAGUUCCAUUUACAGCACUGUUUUUUAUGUAGUUACAACAUGAUGUGAUUGUAGCUUUUUAAACUAUGAAACCCCUGAGAGAUUGUACCUUCUAGUUGAAAUAAAGUAUUUAUAAUAGA